UCUAACGGACAAACUCACAAUUAACCAAUAAAGAGUUUUUCUUUCAGACAACACGGCUCCGCCAUUGGAGAGAAGCUUUUCUUUCAAGAAUCUUGUUCUUGAUCAAGAAAGCAUGUCAAGAACCAAUGGCUACAAGGGUUUCUACGAGUUCGUUGGCAAUCCAAGGCCGUUUACCGAGCUGGAUGCUGCAGCUCUUACGAUUCAGAAAUUCUACAAGAGCUAUCGAACUCGAAGAAAUCUUGCAGAUUGCGCAGUCGUUGUUGAAGAAUUAUGGUGGAAAGCUUUAGAUUUCGCAGCUUUAAAGCGGAGUUCUGUAUCGUUUUUCAGCACCGACAAGCCGGAGACUGCCGUAUCCAGGUGGGGGCGAGCGUGUACCAGGCUUGCAAAGGUUGGAAAAGGCCUAUGCAAAGACCAAAAAGCUCAAAAACUAGCCAUUUGCCAUUGGCUCGAAGCCAUUGAUCCGCGCCAUCGUUAUGGACAUAACCUACAAUUAUACUACAAUGUUUGGUUUACAAGUCAAAGUUCACAACCCUUCUUUUACUGGCUCGACGUUGGAGAUGGUAAAGAAAUAAGCGUCGAAAAAUGCCCAAGAAAUAUACUACAACACCAGUGCAUUAAAUAUCUUGGACCUAAAGAGAGGGAAGAAUAUGAAGUGACUAUCGAGAAUGGAAAAUUAUUAUACAAACAAAGUCGAAGAUUUGUGAAAACCGUAGAGGGAACUAAAUGGAUCUUUGUACUUAGCACGUCAAGAAUCUUGUAUGUUGGCCAAAAGAAAAAGGGGUUGUUCCAACACUCUAGUUUUCUGGCCGGUGCAGCUACCACAGCGGCCGGGCGAAUGGUUGUUCAUGAUGGAGUCCUCCAGGCAAUAUGGCCAUAUAGUGGUCAUUAUCACCCAACCGAAGAAAACUUCAAGGAGUUCGUGUGUUAUCUUGAGGAGCAUCGCGUUGAUUUGACUAAUGUUAAGAAAUGUCCAUUAGAUGACGAUGAUCCAUUUCUCAAUGUUACAUGUCAUGAGAAACCCAAGCUCAAUUCAACAAAGGGAAAACUGUCAAUAAAAGAAGUACAACCUAUAAUCGAAGAUGUAUUGUCGUCCAAUAAUAUCCAGGGUGAGAUAAAAGCAAAGCGGGAUACUGGAAACAUGAAGUCUCCACGAUGGACAUCCGGGGCGGGUCCUAGGAUUGGUUGUGUGCGAGAUUACCCAACAAAGUUACAGUUUCAAGCACUUAAACAACUAAAUUUGUCACCUAGACAAGUUACAAUGGUUAGCAAUGGGCCAAUCCCUUCACCUAGACCAAGUCCUUGUGUGCACCUUUCUCCGAGACUUGCUAACAUGAGCUGGAAUAACGAACGCAAAGCCUGAAAUCAAACCGAUAAUCGCUGAUUCGUAGUCAUUAUAUAAUUGACGUUAGAUAGAAUUAUUCUUUUGGUUGUUGAGUGGGUUCUCUACAUAUGAAUAAGUAGAAGGACCUUUAGUAUCAUUAAUAAAUUCUUUGGGGGAGCUUAAUGCUGCUUGGAUGGGAUUAACAUAUAGUAUGGGGGAAUAAGAGUAACUA